AUGGGAGUGCAAUUAGCAGCAGAGCAGGCAGGGUUCGUUGAAAUGGAGAAUGUUAUUUUCACAGAUUCAGAGUUGGUGCAUCAUGUAAGGGACGCCCUCAGAGCUGCCCUCUUGGGAGACACUGACAAUUAUAACCAGCUAGUUGGCGUGUUGCACCACAGUGAACGCCUAGCUCCCGAUGAGGUGGCCCUUCUUGUGGCUGCAUCCAGUGGGAAAUAUGUUGAUUUAUGCUUGGAUAUGCUCGUAAGCAAUUUUAUGCCUCCUUAUUCUUUCCUAGAAUCGCUGAAGGAGCCUCGUGGUAUUGCAAGAAAGGAUCAAGUUCUUGAUCGUGUGCAUUUAGCACUGAAAGACAUUGCUGAUUUAUUGCCUCUUAUCCCUUGGAGAUUGGAGAAAAUAAUCAUUGAUAGAAUGCCAAAUAUAUAUACAAAAGAACCUUUGAUCGUGAUAUAUGUGGAGAACAUGUUAAGGUUGGAGAGUGGUCCCAUGGGAGAACUUGUUGGGAGCAUGAUGAUUACUGCAGUGAUGGAUAGGCUGAUAGAUUUGGAUGUGGAAAUACCAUGGGAGGAAAUUUUACAGGAUGAUUCCAAUAAAGGCAUCUUUGAGAUGGAGCUUGAAGAUUUGGAAGUCUCUGCAUAUUAUGCUGAGAAUGACGGUGAUGAGGAUAGAUUAUCCAAAAGUCUGAGCAAUUUUAAGUUGAAAGCAAAAUUGGAUAGUGGAAAUGACUGGCGGUGCUUUGGAAAAGACACAUUCAGCACAGUGGAUAAGCCCCUUGACAGACAGGCAUAUAGAACAGUUUCAGCCCUUCUCUUGGCACCAUCAAGAGUUCGUCCUGAUGACUGUGUGUAUUUCCCUACUCAAUAUGGAGGAAGGUUGACGUUGUCCUUAAGUUAUACAGAAAUUAAUGUGGAACUGCAACUUCCAAGGGAAUUUUUGAGGCAAAGGCUAUUUGGGGGAAACUUAGUUGCUGAAAAAUUAGAUAGCUUGCUGGUGCUCACACUGGAACACCUUAAAUCCUGUAAUGAUGGUGGCCGUUUGAUUCAAGUAUUCGAAUGUCUCCUCCAGUCAUUUGACAAAACUGUUUUGACUGCUUACAAAUCAAAAUUUACCCAGUUUGUAGUGUUCUAUGUCUGUUCACUAGAUCCUGAAAAUUGUGGAAAGAAGUUUGCGAGUAUGCUUGCAAAUAUUUUUAUGAAUGAUGUCUAUGCCGAAAGAAGGAUGAGUGCUGUUGCUUAUCUUGCUAGUUAUUUGUCUCGUGCAAAGUUUCUACCCCCGUCAUAUGUUGCUACCAUGUUGGAAAGUCUGGUAGAUUGGUGUUCAGAUUAUUGCAAAAGCCAGGAUGGUGACGUUAAUCCAAAAGCACAUAGAGUGUUUUAUUCCGGAUGUCAGGUAUGUGAUGAUUUGACACCACCUCUGAUUAUUCCCAGAGCUUAA